CCCGUGGCUGGGAAGGCGGAGCAGACCGGCCUCAGAAGGCGACCGGACUCCGGGCGAUGGCGGCGCCCAGCGCGCUGCUGGUGAUGGGCGUGAGCGGCUCGGGGAAAUCCACCAUCGGCACCCUGCUGUCAUCCCAGCUAGGGUGGAAAUUCUACGAUGCAGAUGACUAUCACCCAGAGGAAAAUCGGAUGAAGAUGGGAAAAGGGAUACCUCUGAAUGACCAGGACAGGAUUCCAUGGCUCUGCAACUUGCAUGACAUUUUACAAAGAGAUGUAGCCUCUGGACAGCAUGUAAUUCUUGCCUGUUCAGCUCUGAAGAAAGUAUACAGAGACAUCUUAAUACAAGGAAAAGAUGGUGCACCUCUGAAGUGUGAUGAGUCAGGAAAGGAAGAAAAGCUGGCUGAAGUGAAGCUUCUUGUGGUCCAUCUGACUGGGUCGUUCGAGGUCAUCUCUGGACGCUUACUCAAAAGAAAAGGGCAUUUUAUGUCCCCUGAGUUAUUGCAGUCCCAGUUUGAUACUUUGGAGCCCCCAUCAGCUCCAGAAAAUUUCAUUCAAAUCAGUGUGGACAAAAAUCUUUCAGAGAUAAUUGCUACAAUUAUAGAAACUCUAAAAUGAAGUGAGAAUCAUCUAUAUCAGUGGUCCAGAACACAACUGGGCAUAACUCUGUCUCCCAUCCCAAACCAUGUUCCAGUAUCCUUGUUGAUACUGUAUUCUAGAUUCUUCUUAAGGUGAAUAAACCAUAAUGUAUUGAGA